GGAGGGAGGGGGCCGGCGCGGGGUGUCUCCGAGCCAGUUCUCGCGGUGCUGGCCAGGCUCAGCCUCCUUCCCCUCCCCGGCGAGCGGUGACUGUGCACGGCGGAGCGGGGAGCGCCGAGCCGGGCGCCGGGGGAGCCCGCGCCGCCCCGCCGAGCCAGGAGGAAGGCCGCCGAGCAGCGCUCCCGCCCGGCCCGUCUUCGCCGCCCUGCCCCAUGCCCUAGCGACGCUGAACCUCCCGCAGCCCGAACAUGGCCACCACGGCAACGUGCACCCGCUUCACCGACGAGUACCAGCUCUACGAGGAGCUUGGCAAGGGAGCCUUCUCUGUGGUCCGCAGAUGUGUAAAGAAAAAUUCUUCACAGGAAUAUGCUGCAAAAAUCAUCAACACCAAAAAGCUGUCAGCCAGAGGUUAGUGUCUCUACAUUUAG